UAAAUUAUUCUAUUUGUGAUGGUUUGCGCGUAGUAGGCGCUCGUGUUUUGACUAGUAAUUUGCUAUUAUUGUUGGACAUUUUCACAAGCGUUUUAAUAAAUCGAAAUGUUAAAUACAUAUAACCUGCGUUAUUUUACUGCCGUUACUAAUAAUUGUACCUUUAGAUAUUUUAAGAGGACAAAGCAUUUAAGCACAUCCAAUGGACCUAAGCCUUUUGAUUCUAUACCUGGGUUGUCAUCAUUACCGUUUUUGGGACCGAUACAUCAUUUUAUGCCAAUUAUAGGCUCUAUUGGCCCGAAAGCAAAUUUCGUCGACUUAGCUCAUCAUUUACACACAAAGUAUGGAAACAUAGUAAAACUGGAUGGUAUAUUUGCCAGAGCGAAUAUGGUACUCUUAUUCCAACCAGAAGAUUUCGAUCAGGUAUAUAGAGCUGAGGAAACAAGUCCGUUGCGGCCAAGUUUUGAUACUAUAACAUACUAUCAAGAAGAGUUACGAAAAGACGUAUACAAUGGUAUUUUCGGAUUAACUGCUGCACAAGGCGAAAAAUGGAGAGAUUUUCGUACAAAAGUAAAUCCAGUUUUUCUGAAACCUAAAUUAGUGAAACUGUAUGCACCAGCUUUAGAUGGAAUUUCUAAAGAAAUGAUUGAAAGGUUGAUGAAAUUAAAGGAUAAAGAGGAGUAUCUACAAUGGAAUUUCGACAAAGAAGUAACAAAAUGGUCGCUAGAAUCAGUUGCAUACAUCGGUUUGGGGAAGAAACUGGGAUGUCUUCGUGACGACGUUGAUAAUGAAAAAGCUGAAGUACUAAUAAAAUGUGCACGAGAUAUAAUGGACUUUGCAUAUAAACUAGAAUUUUCUCCGAGUGUUUGGCGCUAUUUCGAAACACCAACCUUGAAGAAAAUGAUUAAAACUUUAGAUUUGCAAUGGGAAACUAGUGCCAGUUACAUAAAGGAGGCAAAGCAAAAAAUUGAUGAUCGUGGCUACGAUAUUCCAGAUGAAGACAAAAGUAUCAUAGAAAAGUUGCUGGCGAUUGACGAGAAAGUAGCCAUUUUGAUGGCCAACGAAAUGCUCUUAGCUGGGAUAGAUACAGUUAGUUUUACGACCGUUGGUCUACUAUACAAUUUGGCGUCAAAUCCUAAAGUACAGGAAAAAUUACGCAAAGAAAUACUUUCUGACAAACCCAAUCAGUACCUAAGAGCGUGCAUAAAAGAAUCAAUGAGAUUAUAUCCAAUAUUACCUGCGAACUUAAGAAGAACUACCAAGGAACAUAUUGUUGGUGGAUAUGUUAUACCCAAAGGUAUUGAUGUAAUUGCACCUAAUGAAUUUUUAUCUAAAAUGGAAAAAUAUUAUCCGAAACCAUUAGAGUUUAUACCAGAAAGAUGGUUGAUGGAUAAAACGGACCCAUUGUACUAUGGUAAUGCUCAUCCGAUGAUAACUCAACCGUUCGGUUUUGGAGUUAGAAGUUGUAUAGGCAGAAGAAUCGCAGAAAUGGAAAUUGAAACAUUCAUUAAAAGUUUAUUACAAGAAGUAAGAGUGAGCUGGGACGGGCCACCAAUGAAGAUUGUAUUAAAAGUAAUGAAUCAACUACAAAAACCUUAUUAUUUCAAAUUUGAACAUAUUUAA